AUGGAAAUAUUCAUCCUCUAUAUUAUGCAAGGUGCUCAGUCAUUUCCGAGAGAUUUUCAUUUUGGCGUUUCUGUUAAUAAUCUAAAUUAUAGAAAAUGAAGAAAUCAAGUGAGUGAAAUUACUGGAACCUCUGCAAGACUUUCAAGGCUAAAAACAUUUAUAAUUCAUAACCCUCAUGCUCUGCAAUAUGGAAAGCGCAUCUAUUAUAUUUUUACUAAUAGACUGCACAGUCCAGUGUCAGUUUUUCUUCAUGUUACUUUUUUUGAGUUUAUUGUAGAAUUCUGCUAUAUGGAAGCUAUCAUAGGGAAGCUAUCAUAG